AUGGUUUGUAAUUUUCGCACAAUUGGUGGUGCUCUCUUGGUAGUUAGUAGUGGCAUGGCUCUCCGUAGCUGCUCAACUCUUGAUGAGUUUGUGGAGACCUUCAACAAAGUUGUGCUGGUUGCAUACACCAAACUGGUUGAGAUCAGUGAGGGAUCUCUGUGCUUCACAGUACAAGCAGAGACGCCAGCAGCUCUAAAGGAAUUAUGGAACAUGUACAAAGAUGGAACAUUGCAGAAACGUCUUCAAGAAUUCCUAGUCACCGAUGAUAUCAAACAGCUGACAGAUGUGGAAGACAUUGAGGUGGCUGUUUUCAUCGAUGAGCAAGAGUAUGUGAUGUCAUAUAAUUUUCUGCAAAAUCAAGGUAUGGUAACAUAUGAACAGAUACGUGUUGACUUUAAGUUUGGACAAAUGUAAUGUUGAACGGGAAAAGCUACCACAAUAGGGUUAAAAUUCCUUGGGAAAGUUGUUGAAAACACAUCCUCUAUCCAGAUAUUUUAACAGACCAAUUCUUGCGCGUACAUAGAACCUGCCCUCCCCCCUCGAAUAGUAUUGGUGAAAUUAAUCAGUUUGGGGGAGAGGGGGGAAGGGUUUGAUUUUAGUAAUUGUGCGUUAAGUGUCCCAAGACUUUUAACCUCUUUUGUAGGUCAAACAGUGAGGAACAUGUUUCAUCAAGGUGAUCCUGAGUCCGUUUGCAACUAUGAAUUAUAAAAAAAGGGAAAAAGAAGAGUCACCUUUUCAGCAUGGGAAGCUAAUCCUCAACUGAAACAAGCAAUCAGCCUGUUUUAAAAAGAAAGAACAUACCCCAGAUGUGAUCUCGAUAUCUUGCAUUGAACAAUGAUUGCUGUAUCUGACAAUCCAGCAAGAUUAGUUGAUCCAAACUUAAUUCUCUUGCUUAUUGUAUCAUUUCAGCAGUGCCUGAUAUGAUUGUAGAGCGGUUUCGAAGGAAAUCUGACUCCUUCUUUCACAUCAAUUCAAAUCAGAAAGAGAUUGCUAUGAUGAAGCUGACACAAGCAGAAAACCAGUUGAGCUUUGAAAGACAAGUUCACGGAGAGGAAAUAAAGAAACUCAAGGAGAAGAUUAUCCUGGCAGGAGAGCCGAGGGGUAGGAUUGAUUAAACUCUACCUUUUGUACGUAUCCUAUGCUCUGGCUGGGAUCAGUUAUGGGAAAAUGUGAAGGUUAUAUUUUAAAACACAUUUGUAUGGGAUAGAGCCCGGGAAUCAGCCGGGUUUUGUGUAGAGUAGAGUAUAAUUCAAUUGAAAAAGUAAAGAAUGUCUUAGAAGAAUGGUAUCUUUUAUAUUUUCAGAUCAAUCUGGCAUGCUUUGUGUAGUUUAUACUACGACCAAAUACCAAAGCACCAAGAAUGCAUGCUGAUAAUUUCAUUCCCUUCGUUCAUCGCCGGUCUCGGUUCAAAGAAGUCAGGGAUGUUUUUUUGCUCAUUUUCGUUGCAACCUGACAAAUUUUUUUUAUUUUUAAAAAUUCUUUUGUUUAUCUUUUAUACAGCAUAAUUUUGAGCAAACAUGAGAAGCCAUCCUCAAUUUUUCCACUGUAACGAGUUAAUAUUGUUAAAUAAAUGCUUCCUGGAGAAAAAGGGGUAGAAGAUACCGCAAGCAAUUAUUUUAGUAGAAUUCAAUCAGAAGUUAGAUUAAUCGAAAGCGAAGGAGAAUGAAAUGUGACGCAGAGUAGAGUACAUAUAGAACCAACCUUAUAAGCAAACUGGAAAGUUGUUUGCACGUGGUUAGCUGAUCAAUGCUGUCGCUCUUUCUCAGGACCAUGACUUUCUAAACAAUUUGUUAUCCUGCUGUCUUGGUGUUCGAUUUUUCGAAGAAAACAAGAAACAGGACCAUCAUAGAAAAUAUGUUAAAUGGUUCGGGAAAUAAGUACGGACUAUAGUACUUUUAUCGUAUUUGAAAAGCGAUGAUGUGUUGUAUUCUUUUCUCUUUCGCGAUCUUAUCUUGUAACACUAAACAGAUUAUUGACCAUACUUCUUCGGCGUAACGCGUUCUGAUGAACACGAGUAUAACGAAGCCUGUUUAAAUUUAUUUUUACCUCGUCAAGGUAUGAUUGCAAUGAUAAAAGGUAGUUAUAUGACAUGCAAAUAGUGGCUUGUACAGGGAAAGUUUCCUUGUACAAGCCAAAAUGUAAAUGUAAUUUACAAGUGCCUUCUAAUUGGCCAGGCUAAUUCGGGCAGUUCUAGUGCUGCAUCGGCAAACUGAAUAAUACGUAAGAGCCGAUUGGAUUCACUCAUUUUCUGUUUGAAACAAUUUUAUCCAUAAUCAAAUUUCUGAGUUAGUUUGCUAGCCCAAAGAAGCUCCUGAAUUAUUAAGUUGCGAUUAUUUUCAAGCGUUCCUCCAUCCCUUCCCUCCUUUUUAGAGUUUACAGAAGCCUGGAUUGAGUGCUCAUUGCUCAAUUAAUCGUAAUUUUAUACACCCGGAAAACCGGGUGAAACCUAGCGGAAGCAUCAUUUUUAACUAAAUUCAAAUAAAAGUUAACUUAAUCGGGGCUACAGGUGAGUGAUACCGUAUUUACCGUAAGCAAGCGUGGUGUAGAACCAACCUUAAGCAAAUUGGAACAUUGUUUGCUUGUGGUUAACUUGUAAGUGUUGUCGCUCUUUCUUAGGUCCAUGAAUAGCUAGUGAUAUUAGCCCGCUGUUGUGGUGUUCAGUUUAUAUUAGAAAAUAAGGAAGUCAUUAUGCAUCACAAAACUUUCGUUUGGUUAAGGUUUAUGAAAAUAAUUACGAAGAAAAAAACGUAAAAUGACAUGCACAGUAGUAAUAGAUUCUGGAACUUGAACCAUUAUUAGAAAAGCGAAAUAAUGUUUUCUACCUGUCUUACCUUAGACAGCUUACUUUCACUGCUUGUUUUGGCAAAUCGCCUAAUGCUAAUUCAUUCAGGCAACAAAAACAAUAGCAAUAAAAAUCACCAGUUACUUCGUGUUUAGCAAAGGGGGGAACAACGUGAGAAUUUUUGAACGCCUCUUAUGUUGAACAUUUAGUCUGUUGUUCUUUCGAUGAACUGAAAUAUAUUAUUAUAAUUAUGUCAAAAUUCAUCUAACGUAACUGAGUACACACGUACCUUUGUUAUAGUUCGUUGUCAAAGUUCAACUGAAAUGUCACAUAUUCUCCAUACGAACAAAACGAUAGUAAUUAUGCUAAAUAAAAAUAUAUGAAAGCUUGGUUAAACCAAAGAGAAACCCUCUUCCUUCACAAACACUUGCCAUAAGUAAGUCACCAAAAAAAUUGUCGUUGGAAAUAAGCAAAAUUAUAGAUAAAAAGUAGGUCAACUACUUAUUUUGAUAAACUCUUAAAUCCUUUCUCAAAGAGGUCUUUUAAGUGUAAUCACUACCAAUCGUACUCCUCAAUUUAAGCUAUUUCGCUUCAUUGUUUUUUUUUUUCUGUUUCAGACUAUGAGAUUCUCGAACGUCCAAGAGAAAGACGUCGAAGAAAUUCUGAUUCCAAUCUGUAUUACAAAGCAAGAGAAGUGGAGGUUGAACAAACUAAUAACCAACCAGAACGAGCUUCAGAGGGUGGAGCACUACUGGAUUUCGAGAAGCGUAUGUUUGUAGAGAAUUAUUUACAGAAUAUCCAUGAAACACACAGCAUGACGACAGAGACAAGUGACAGCGGAAUAAGAACACAUGGUGCAACAUCUGAGAUAGAAAUGCAAGACAUAUCUGGUAAUUAUUUCAUUUUAGUCAUGGCAUGUCAGUCC